AUGGAACGAUCUCGACCGAAGCUCCCGAGCCUUCGACAGAUGAUCUGGAAGACAGGACGUGGGGGAUGGCACUGCGUGCCCGGUGUGACCAUGAAACCGGCUAUUGUGAUUCACCCUGGGGCAGAAUGGCUAGAACUGUCUUGGUGGAGCCGGGUCAAGCAUGAUGAUGAUGAAGCUUCCCAUGACGAUGCGGCCGGGUAUACUGAUGGCUUCCCGGGGGGUGGUGGCCACCAACAAGAGGUUUCUGGCAAGGACAAAUCGAAAGGCGCCCACCGGGGGAAUGAAUCUGCGUCACUUUGCUGGUUCUGGUGGAUGCCCCACGGCAGCCCCUCCUACGGACCCCAACACGCCGGUUGA